GUCUUUCCAUUUUCUCUUGUUUCAAUGUCUGAUAACCAUCGUAAUCAUACAGUUAGUCUCGUUCUCUCGUGGACCGACGUAGGAGAGAAUUUCUUGUAGCCGAGAGCAGCUCUUCGACAAACUCUCACCAACAACUCUAGGUGACAUUCAGAUGUUUAGCCCGAAGUCCUAUCAUUCCUGCUGUAUGAAUACUAGACCACCUGGAUCAAUAUCGCUGGGACAACGAACCUCGCUGGUCAUUGCGUCCGCGACUGGAAAUUCUUUUCACAUAUCAUAUCUGCUGGCAAUUUCUAACUCGCACUUGCGCUAAAAUCACAGUACGUCGUUCCCAAUUGGAGAGUUUCUGCAAUAUUUUCCUUCUUCCUGGUCAAAGAGAGAGUGGCCAUGCUCGAGACAACAACGUGUUUGGUCCCGCCUUUGACCUUUGGCCCUGUGUAUGGCCACAGUCGAUACGCUCAUCGUUAUAAACUCACCUCGAAACCACUACCCCCCGACGAUCCCCCACCUAUACCGGAAUCAUCUCUUUCUCCAUAAACGCUGCUCUGUCAUUCACCACCUUAGUUAUUCUAAUCCUUUCAACGAUGGGUAGCUCUUCCACAAUGCCAGCCAUUCAAACUGUCACAGCGGUACUUGUCAACCGGCCCAACCAGAAAUUGGUGCAGAUCAUGCACGUCUGCAGAGCUCUAGAGGGCAACUCAAUUAGCUCUUCUCACCAACAGGCAAUCGUGAACAAGAUCUUGGGUACCGUCAAUCAUAGAGAACCGUCGGCCAGGCCAGCCCUCCUCCAGCUCACCCAAGAUACCAUAUUGUAUGGACCUCAUGCUCAAGACGACGAUGAUCGAAUGGCUCUCGAUGUUGGACUCCUGCGAGGAUUACAUCAGGCACUCGCAUGUAUGGUCAAAACAUCCAAAGACGCUAAAAGCGCUAGGCCUGAACUCAUAGGUGCAGUCCGAUAUAUUAUUGUAUGGCCCGGUUCGGGCCCAGCCCGAACGUUAGAUCAACAAUUUGAAAGUCAUACGACCAAGGGUGAAAUGGAAAAUGCAUUGACAAAGGCCGGUAUCAAUGUCAGUGUCAUUCUUCCGAAAGGUAAAACUUGGGAUUCUCAGGCACUUCCGUUGUCAUACAUAACGAAACUGGAGGACCUUGAUCCGGAGGUCGAAGUCUGGGGGAUGAGUUCCGAGCGAAACACCGGUAAUGAACGAGUAAAACAGAAAGCAUCCGGUGAUCAUGGAUCUUCUAACUUGUCGGGUGCAUACAUGUCGGGCUUGCAGCUGGAGGGACUUCACAGUCCUGAUCCAUAUGCUCAACGUGCUCAGUUGGUCACUCCUGAUCCCGCGCAUAAUUUUGGGCGGGGCAUAGCGACCGUUAAAAGUCCGGAAAAGGCGCUUGCGCGGGGUAUGGCACAAGGUCACUAUAAUCCAGCCGACCAAUCACCAUAUAUUGUCCAGCCCCCUUCUGAUCCUGUAAAGAUUCUGCAAAGUUCGCCUGCCUACAGAGAAAGUAAAGGCGAAGGAAAGGCUAAGCCUCCGACUGGCUCUGUACACACAAAUAACUACAGCUACCAUUUUAACGUGAACGGUGUUGAUCAGGACUCCUUGUCUAAAGCCUACCAAUCUCUCUCAGUGGCUGAGAGUCCGGACGGAAUGUCCGAGGAUACCCCUACACAUGACGCUGAGGACUUCCGAUUUGAGGACUAUAUCAAUAUGGAAACAAGUCAAGAGCAGUAGUCGCUUGUGUUGCGCCAUCGCCGUGCUAACGUGUCCAUCAGUUGUUCCUGUAUACCCUCAACAGUUAUCGAUCAUUUCCCAUCCUGUUUAAACCUAGAUCUGAGUAUCGUUGAAGACAUGGAUUGCUUUAGCAGACCGACAAUCGUUGUGGAUCUCAGUAGGCGCUGUCUUGAAGUCUCACGAGCGACGAACACCGUUUCUUUGUCUCUCCGACCCUCAUUCCAAUCAAUGCCGACUAUUGAUUUAUUGUUAUCCGUACUCCGUCGGAAUAUGAUCCAACGUGCGAUGUACACUUUUUU